AUGGCGACCGACAUGCAUUCUGCAGCUGCCGCCUUGGAGCUCAAGGACAACACCGUCAUUGUUGUCCUCGGCGCCUCGGGAGAUCUGGCCAAGAAGAAGACUUAUCCGGCAUUGUUCGGCCUCUACCGAAACCAGUUCCUACCGAAGGACAUCAAGAUUGUCGGAUAUGCUAGAACCAAGAUGGACCACGAGGAGUACUUGAGGAGGAUCAAGUCUUAUAUCAAGACCCCUACCAAGGAUAUGGAACAGAUGCUUGAGGAGUUCACGUCUAUCUGCACCUACGUGUCCGGCCAGUACGAUCGUGACGACUCUUUCUUAAACCUCAACAAGCACUUGGAGGAGCUAGAGCAGGGCAGGAAAGAAGCACAUCGCCUGUUUUAUAUGGCUCUACCACCCAGUGUCUUUACAAUCGUCUCCCAGCACCUAAAGAAGUGCUGCUACCCGAGCAAGGGUAUUGCCCGUGUUAUCGUUGAGAAGCCGUUCGGUAAGGAUCUUGCCAGUUCAAGAGAACUUCAAAAGUCCUUGGAGCCAGACUGGAAGGAGGAUGAAAUCUACCGUAUCGAUCAUUAUCUUGGAAAGGAGAUGGUCAAGAAUAUCCUAAUCCUCCGAUUUGGUAACUCCUUCCUUGGAGCUACCUGGAACCGUCAUCACAUUGACAAUGUGCAAAUCUCUUUCAAGGAGCCUUUCGGCACUGAGGGGCGAGGAGGUUAUUUCGAUGAGUUUGGCAUCCUACGAGAUGUCAUGCAGAAUCACUUGCUCCAAGUUCUUACCCUACUCGCCAUGGAACGUCCCAUUUCAUUCUCCGCUGAAGAUAUUCGUGAUGAGAAGGUCCGAGUUCUCCGAGCUAUACCAGCGAUUGAGCCCAAGAACGUAAUCAUCGGCCAGUACGGCCGAUCACUUGACGGCAGUAAGCCAUCAUACAAGGAAGAUGACACUGUUCCUAAGGACUCUCGAUGCCCCACAUUCUGCGCGCUGGUUGCGUACAUUAAGAACGAGCGAUGGGACGGCGUGCCUUUCAUCAUGAAGGCCGGCAAGGCUCUCAACGAGCAGAAGACAGAGAUCCGAGUGCAGUUCAAGGAUGUCACGUCCGGUAUCUUCAAAGACAUUCCUCGAAAUGAGCUGGUCAUGCGAAUCCAGCCCAAUGAGAGUGUGUACAUCAAGAUGAACUCCAAGCUUCCUGGUCUCAGCAUGCAGACCGUGGUUACUGAGCUCGAUUUGACCUACCGACGACGGUUCUCCGAUCUCAAGAUCCCAGAGGCAUACGAGUCGUUGAUCCUUGACUGCUUGAAGGGCGAUCAUUCCAACUUCGUUCGUGAUGAUGAACUCGACGCCAGCUGGCGCAUCUUCACGCCACUGCUGCACUAUCUCGAUGACAACAAAGAAAUUAUCCCUAUGGAGUACCCAUACGGUUCCCGUGGUCCUGCUGUCCUUGACGACUUCACCGCAUCCUACGGAUAUAGGUUCAGUGACGCUGCCGGAUAUCAGUGGCCCACUACGUCCGCCGCGCAGCCCACAAACAAGUUGUAA